AUGCCUGUGUACCUGCUCCACGGUUUUCGCUGGCCGCGACCCUUGAUUCGGAUCCACAUCAUCCUGCAGAACCUCGACGAUGCCGCUGCAGAAUGGCUCGUGGCACCCAACACGACGAGCACCAUGCUGGCAAACUUCCACCAGCUUUUCCCGGACGCCAUGCAGCAUCUGCCCAUGCUGAGAUUCAUUGAACAGUACGAUCCAAACGACACGUCCUCGAGCGCGGCAAGUCAGCCAUACGCCUAUGUAGCUGACAUUGUCGAGGAGGUCAAGCUGGGCAUCGACGUUGAGGAUGUACGAGGCAAGGGUGUCAAUAAUGACCAGUGGUCUGCGAUGAUGGAGCUGCGAGACAGGCUCGCUCCAGAGGGAAAGGUUGGCUGGUACGUCGUUGUUUGCGGCGAUGAGGAACGAUGGGCCCCUCCUUCGACGAGUGAGCAGCGCGUUGGAGCACACGAUGGAAUUCCCGGAGGAAGUGAAACAGACAGCGCUUACUACACCAACAAGCCAAGUGCUGAGGCUAAUAUCAAGCCGACUUCGCCCGUUGACUCAGAACCGAGAGGGUUCCGCAAGUUCUUCCGACGAAAGAGCCGAGCGAGCGCCGAGCCGCCUACUGCGUCUCCUGUGGAGAGUGCACCACCUCUCCCAGUUUUCACACCCGAGUCGAGACCACCGCAACACGCUUGA